AAACAUUAUAUCAAAAGCGACGUUUCGUGCUUAUGUCAGUAUGACAUUGCGCCCCAAGUCCGAUGGCAAUACUUUCUGAACCAGCAAUCCCACAAUCAGAUGAAGUAGUGCCGACAGAAGCUAUCAUAUUUGAACCUUCGAUCAUGUAUUACGAUUCUAAAGUUCCUUGCUCAUACAUAAGAAACAUAGAUGCAAAAUCGUUUAACUACCUAGUCAGCGGCUUAGCUGGAUUUCUAUUUUUCUUUGGAUGGUGGACAAUGAUUGACCUCUCUACCCAACAUACUACCACUAUGAGUAAACAGAAGCUAUACUAUUUGCCAGGGGUUAUUGCAACAAUCGCCAUGAUCUUGAUGAAUGCAAUACCCACUAACUACUUGAACGACAGUGGUCUAGACAACACCAGUGGGUACUGUACUCCAUUCCUCUGUAUACUUAUAAUCUUUAUCACAAUGAUGGCAAGCUUUGGAUGUCUGAUCAGUGCCAGUUUCAUCUUGAUCAACGAUUUUAUGCUGGACCCAGAAGAAUACCAGUGGCCAGGAUAUGGCAUAUUUUUACAUAUACUCUGUAUAUUUUUAUCUACAGUUUUGCCCAGAUUCUGUAGAAAGAGUGGCUCUUUUUGAAUAAAUGCGAUGUGAACUUAUUA